AUGUGGCUCUUCGCUCUGGUCUUGUCCUCCCUCAACACUUUCACGGCUUGGGCAGGACAGCCUCCCUCACUGCCUGUUGUGGACACCGCGCAGGGCAGAGUUCUGGGAAAAUAUGUCAGCUUAGAAGGUUUUGCACAGCCUGUGGCCGUUUUCCUGGGAAUCCCUUUUGCCAAGCCCCCUCUUGGAUCCUUGAGGUUUGCUCCGCCGCAGCCUGCAGAACCAUGGAUCUUCGUGAAGAAUACCACCUCUUACCCUCCCAUGUGCUCCCAAGACCCAGUGGCGGGGCAGAGGCUCUCAGAGCUCUUUACCAACAGAAAGGAGAACAUUAAUCUCAAGUUUUCCGAAGACUGUCUUUACCUAAAUAUUUACACUCCUGCUGACCUGAGGAAGAGAAGCAGGCUGCCGGUGAUGGUGUGGAUCCACGGAGGAGGUCUGAUGUUGGGCGGGGCAUCAACCUAUGAUGGGCUGGCCCUCUCUGCCCAUGAAAACGUGGUGGUGGUGACCGUUCAGUACCGCCUGGGCAUCUGGGGAUUCUUCAGCACAGGAGAUGAACACAGCCGGGGGAACUGGGGUCACUUGGACCAGUUGGCCGCACUGCACUGGGUCCAGGAGAACAUUGCCAACUUCGGAGGGGAUCCAGGCUCUGUGACCAUCUUCGGAGAGUCAGCAGGAGGGGCAAGUGUCUCUAUUCUUGUGUUAUCUCCCCUGGCCAAGAAUCUCUUCCACCGGGCCAUCUCUGAGAGUGGUGUGGCCCUCACUUCUAUCCUGGUCAAGAGGGACAUGAAGGCCGCAGCUAAGAAAAUUGCUGUCUUUGCUGGGUGUAAAAGCACCACCUCGGCUGUCCUUGUUCACUGCCUGCGCCAGAAGACAGAGGACGAACUCUUGGAGAUAACGCUGAAGAUGAAAUUUUUCGCUCUUGAUUUCCAUGGAGACCCCAGAGAGUUCAUGGGCUACUCAUUCUCUGAAGGCAAGCUGGACCAGAAGACGGCCACAUCACUCGUGUGGAAGUCCUACCCCAUCUUUAGCAUCCCUGAGGAACUGACCACGGUGGCCGCUGACAAGUAUUUAGGAGGAACAGAUGACCCUGACAGAAAGAAAGACCUGUUCCUGGACUUGAUUGCAGAUGGGAUGUUUGGUGUCCCAUCUGUGAAUGUGGCCCGUCGCCACAGAGAUGCCGGAGCCCCCACUUACAUGUAUGAGUUCCAGUAUCGCCCAAGCUUCUCAUCAGCCAUGAAACCCAAGACGGUGAUGGGGGACCAUGGGGAUGAGCUCUUCUCAGUCUUUGGGGCUCCAUUUUUGAAAGAUGGUGCCUCAGAAGAGGAGACCAGUCUCAGCAAGAUGGUGAUGAAAUUUUGGGCCAACUUUGCUCGGAACGGGAAUCCCAACGGGGAGGGGCUUCCCUCUUGGCCAGUAUAUGACCAGAAAGAAGGGUACCUUCAGAUUGGUAUCACCACCCAGGCAGCCGAGAAGCUGAAAGACAAGGAAGUGGCUUUCUGGAACGAGCUCCUGUCCAAGGAGGCGGCAAAGAAGCCACCCCAGUUAAAACAUGCUGAGCUGUGA